AUGGACAUGGCAGAAAGCACAGGUACUUCCCAGCCAGAACCUUGCAAUACCCAGCCUUCCCCUGUGAAGUCUAGCCAGGUUGUUUCAGGUCAGAGCUCAGAAAUGCCUACCUUGGAACAAACAGUGAUGGCAUCUGCAUUCUGUAGCACACAUGAAACAGCCUGUACUCAGAACUCAACAGAAAACACAGGAAAAGGCAUUGAUUUCCAUUUUGGAGAGCCAUGUGAGACUGCUUCUGUAAACCAGCAAGUUGUGUCUGCUGAGCAGAAAAAAUCCCCUUCAGGCUCUCAGCAUAUGAAUCUCAACUGCACCUACAAGAAUUACCACCUUCAUCCCCAGAAGACAGCAGUACUUGACACCAGGGAGAAUCUCUACAAUGAAGACUACUGGAUGAGGACACUGAGCCCUGACAAGACUCACUUGAUCCAAAAUAUAGCCAUGUGGAAGAGUCAGAGUAUCACCUGUGGUAAUCAUCAAAUUGAUGUCUCUGGAAGCCAAGCAGACCAGGACUCAAAUGUGGAUCAAUUCAAAUGUGCUUCUGUAUGUAACCAGACUUUCAAAGAAUACCUUGAGAAGGCUUUCAAUGGUGACCAGACCUCCUACUACAGUCAGACAAGAACCAGGAAUAGAGGGCAUCCGACUGACUAUAGAAGUCAGAUGACAGCACUCAGUUGUAGCCGGGCCCUUCAUUCCAAUCAAAUCAUAACCUCCUUUUCUGAACAGAAUCUUUUGGGGGAUUCACAGUGGAACUUAGUAGCUCAUAACAGAUCCUAUCAGAUGACAUCUUUCAGUUGUCAGAAUGUUUGUAACAGUCAGGAGAAUCUCCUCAGUGGUGAGCCCUCCCUCUCUGGGUAUCAGACAUCAGGCUACAGAUGUGACCAAGAUUUGAUUGGGAAUCACGAGGUGACAAGUCCAAUUGAUGGCCAGCCUCUCUAUGACUUUCAAAUACCAACCACCAGUUUUGACACAACUCUUCAUGGAACUACGAGGACAACAUCCAGUGCAGAAGACAACCUGGCUUGGCAUUCAGAGAUAAGUUCCAGUUCUGAAGAGUCAUUCUACUUGGGUCAGAUAAAGACCUCUGUUGAUCAGAAUGUCUACCCAAGUCAAUGUGGAACACCCAAUAUUGAAGAAAGCCUUGAGCAUCAGGUGACUUCAUUUAGUAACAAAGCCCCUCAUGUGGGUGAAUCCGCAUAUCAUUCAAGUUCCCCUUUGAUCCAAAGACAAGCUCAGGAAAACUCUUUAGCUUCCAGAUUGGUCCAGGGACAGCAUCCAGAAAUGAACUUAGACCUCAAGACCCAGAGUCUUGUGUCCUUGAAAACCACUCAUCCUUUGAAGUGCUACUCCUGUACCUACCAGGAUUGUAACAAAUCUUACAAAAGGGCUCAUGGCCUCAAAAACCACAUGAAGAAACACACUGGUGAGAAGCCUUAUGCAUGCAGUAAGCCUGGAUGCAAAUGGAAAUUCUUCACCUCAGGAGAACUUAAGAGACACAAACAAAAGCACAGUGACGUGAGGCACUACCCAUGUCCCAUGUGCAACAAAAGCUUUUCCAGAUUGGAGUACCUCAAACAGCAUGUGAGGUGCCAUAUUCCAGCAUCACUUACCACUACAACCUGA